UUCCCUCCACUCUUUCUCUUCAAUGCUGCGCAGCCCCAACCCCUCUUCUUCAUUGUUUCGCUGCGGAGCCAUCACACACACACGGCUUCCCAUUUCCAUGAAAGAAAGAAAUUGAGGUAGAGAGGGAGAGGGAGACUGAGCUGCGGCAGGGAGGAGGAGAGGAAGAAGAGUGUCGCGCCUCACCGCCGCCACCGCGCCUUGCUGCCGUGGCCUAACAGUGUCGAGCCGCCUUGGAGUCUGCCGUCAUCCUCGCAGGCAUGAAGGAAGCCCUUUGCUGCCACUGCUGCUCGUGAAGCCGCCGCCGUUGCUGGUCAGAACUCAAGCGAGAGAGAAGGUCGCAAAGGAGUAGGGAACUGAGCCGUUCAGCCACCGUCUGUGAAGCCUGGGUCGCCGUUCUGCCUCGCCAUCGCCACUGAAGCCGCACCCAGCCCCAGCCGCGCUGCUGUCCCUGCACUGUCGCAGAGCAGAUUUGAGGCGAGGGAGAGGGCCGCGAUGGGGGGAAAGAGUCGCGCCACCCAGUCGCCAGUCUGCUCGCCGCCGUUGCCGAAAAAUCCUGCCGUUUUAGUUAUCGUCGUUGGAGAGCGGGUCGUCGCCGCCACUCGAGGUGGUUACCGGGGCUGCCGCCAAAUCGGUUCAGAAACUGCUGCUGUUUCGGUUCAGCCGUUCCUUUCUUGUUUCGUCGUAGGGUUGUGUAUCGAUGCUUGCGUGACGUGCUCGGAGUUCGCGGCUGCUUCGUUUCGCCAAUUCAAUAAGUAUUUAUGUUUCAAAAAGCUUUGCAGUGGUUAUAGUUGCUGCGAAGGUGGCUUAGAGCUGAGGUUGCGGUUGUCAGUGAUUUCGGGCUGAGAGAGAGGAUUCUUGUGAUGCGUUUGGUUUAUGUGUUCGACGAGUCGAGGUAGGGACUUUUUCUACAAACUAAUUUAUUUUUAAAUUAGAAUUGUUAUAAAUAGAUAUGAUGUGCGAAAUCUAUUUCUGGUGAUUAUGUGAAUCUUAUGAAUUGUCUGAUUUUAUCUUGAAUGAAUAUGGUUGCCUGUUUGAUUGAGACAAUGUCUGAUUUUGAUAAAUCGGUGAUUUCUGGAUUGGUUGAUUUGAAUGAUUUUGAUAAUCUGAAAGUUGAGUUUUUGUUUUAUUGGAAACUGAUUUGGUCUUAACCUGUUGGAAAUAGUUCAUGAUUGGUUUUAUUGGAACCCGGAAAGGGUGGCAAAGUCCAAGUUUUAGGAGAGAUGCUGCCAAAAUUUUUAUAAAAUUCGAGACUUUAUUUGAAACGAAAUUUUUAAAAAGAAAUGAAUUAUGCCUUGAACUGAAUUACGGAUAUAUGAAAUAGGUUUGAACUCUUUAUUAAGAAAAUUGUUAUCUUUUGAAUGUAAACUAUUUUAGAAAAGAAUUAUGUUUUAAAAUCAAUUUAAAGAUGAAAAUAAUUAUGUUUUGGAAGUUGAUUUAAUAAGCAAAUUUGAAGGAGUUUUAAUGGAUUUAAAAGGAACUUGGAUUUUGAUUAACUAAUUUCACUUUACGACGUUUAAAGAAAAGUUUGGAGUAUUUUAGGAAACUUUGAUUUAGUAAAACUGAUACAAUUCCCGAGCUUUUGAAAACAGAUUUAAGAAUGAAACUGAAAUUGAUUUUUGAUUUAGAUGACUUGGUUCUGGUCUAAGUGAGUUGGUUUUAAAUUGGUUCGGAAUAUUUGGACACAUGACUUGGUUUUGGUUUAAAUUCAAUGUUAUUUAUUUAAAUCAAGAAGUUAAGGUUUCAGAGGUUUUUAGUGAAUUUAAAAAAUGAGUUAGGUUUUUCUCCCCUGAAGUCUUGAGACUCCGCUGAGGAAUUUUAUGACCAAAUCCUGAUUUAGAAAUGAAUGAUUUUGAGUCUUUCGAAAGAUGAUUUUGAAAUUGGCAUGGUUUUGAGAUUGUUUGGAAGUGUUGGAAAGACGUGGAAAGUGGCUCCAUUUUGAAAAGUGAUUCUUGGCAAGAUGUGAAUUGAAUAUGGUUGUAAUUUAAAGGUAAAUGGGCCAAGAAUGGUUUUGAAGUAAGAUAUUGAGCCUGAUUGAUGUGUUGAAAAUGUUUCUGAAAAACUACUAGACUACUGUUUUAUAUUGAGAUUAUGAGACGCUAUGCGCCCGACAGGGGCUGUGGUUGGAUCUUGCCUGUUGAGGUAGCGGCGGCGGCGUAAGGGUGGUGGUUCGUCCCGCUUGUGCUUAGAUGUGAGGUCGGUGGCAAUAGAUUCUGCUUGCAUCCCUUCGGAUCAUCAGAGCGUACAGGCGCAAAACCCUGGAUAGUGAUUCGAGCACUAUAUCUAGGGGGUUCUCACACCAUGAAUCUGAAGGACAACAUCUCCAUGGGGAUGUGUCGGGUUGGCAGUUGAACCGACAAUGUGAUAUCACAGCCAGUAGGGCAGACAUUCAUCAUUUGCAUUUAUGUGACAUUGUUUGGGUGUGCAUAUUGUAAUUGGUUUGCCUAUGUGAAUACUUAUGUUAAUUGCUAACUGCUAUAUUUGUUGUAAUUGCUAUUGAUUGUGUUUGAACUACAUUAUUUGUGAUUGUGUUUGAUUGGUUGA